CAGGGUCCAAUUUUCAGAUGUAUUUUCUGGAAAUAACUGACAGAAACUUUGAUUACUCCUUUGACCGCUAGUGCAGCAUAAACUAAGUGCAGCUUAUGUGAAGCUGUGCAAACUUAGAACCCCGCAAGACUGGAAAGAGAGGGAGGAGAGGAAAAAGAGUGUGUGUAUGGAAGUGGAAAUGGGCAGCAGGGAGGAGGAAUGUAAAACAUUUGAUACUAGUCCAGUGGCUGUUUACACAGUAGUCAGCCCGUGACAUCAGAGUCCAGACUUUAUAAAUGUCAGGAGGCGCAAGAAGGAGCAGUUAGCAAACAGCUGCACUGGUCACACCACACCGUCACACAGUUCAGUGAGACAGACCGAGCUCCAUCAGCAACACAAGCCCCCAUGGACCGACAACUGUGUGACUGUGUGAUUGCUUUGGCUGUACUGCUGUGUGUGGCUACACAGGUGCUGUGCCAGUUGUGUGACAGGCCAUGCCUUUGCCCCAAUCCUGUCGCUCAGUGCCCCACAGGAGUGUCUGUGGUGCUAGAUGGCUGCCGGUGUUGCCAGGUGUGUGCCCGGCAACUAGGCGAGUCCUGUACUGAGAUGUUUCCCUGUGACAACCUGCGAGGGCUUCAGUGCGACUACAGCGCCAGCCUUCCCGGGUUCCCUGGAGAGUGUGUCAGUCAGAAGGAUCUGGGCUGUGAGGUCAAUGGGAUCUUUUACCAGGAGGGGCAGUCGUUCCAGCCCUCCUGUGACACUUACUGCCACUGCAGGGGGGGCGGGGUGACCUGCGUGCCAGCUUGUCCACUGAAUGCUCGUCUUCCCACUCCAGACUGUCCCAACCCACAACACAUCCGACUACCUGGGAAAUGCUGCAAGGAAUGGGUGUGUGAAAACCUUGAAAACACAGUCAUUCAGGAUGCAAUUACAGCAAUGAAACCAGAUCAAUUAUGGCCAUCUUUGCAGAGGCAUCGCCUUCAAGACAGCAAGUUUUCACCUGCCUCCUCUUGUGUAGAGCAGAGCACCCAGUGGAGUGCCUGUUCCCAGAGCUGUGGGGCGGGUGUCUCCACACGGGUUUCUAACCAGAAUCCUGCAUGCAAACUGCAAAUAGAAACUCGCCUGUGUAAGGUGCGACCUUGCCCCACUUUCCAGCCAGCCCCAAGGAAGCCCAUGUGGGGACAGAAAGGAAAGUGCAAGGCCAGCUACACGUCACCGGGACCCAUUCGGCUAGUUCACCAGGGCUGCUACAGCACUCAUGCUUAUCGAGUCCGUUACUGCGGUCAGUGCACUGACUCGCGAUGCUGCACACCUUACCAAACCAGCACUGCUGAGGUGACCUUCCGAUGUCCCACUGGCAGACUGCUGCAACGAGCUGUAAUGAUGAUCCAGUCAUGCGCCUGUCAUAAUAACUGCCCCUAUGCACCUUUUACAAAUCCUGCUCUGUGGGGAUAUAGACCCUGAUCAGUGUGUAAGAGCACGGACUCACUAAAAAUAUAGACUUCAGUGACUGUUUCAAGGGCUGCACAAAAAAAGUAUCCCCAGGUGGAUUGACGUAAACAACGAAUGGACACUGAAAGAGAAUAUUAUCAUUUUAGAAAACUGUGACUGAUUUUGGAUGAAUAUGCCUGCACUUAUUUACAGCUUACAACUUCUGGAAAGCAUCAUUCUGCCAGUUUGUGACUUCAUCCGAGAGUCAAAGGAAAGCAAGUAGAAGUGUACAAGAAAGGCAGAAAAGAAACAUAAAUGUAGGAGAGAUAGGGACUGUAAUAUACAUGUAUAACUCACAAAGUAAGUUCUAGAAAUACUUUUACAAAUAACUUUCAGAUGUGCACUGAUUUGGUUUCUUUUUUCCUCCCAGAAUUGUUCAGUACAGUGAUUCCCAAUAAUGUUUCACCUUGGAUAUGAAAAGUAAUUUUUAAAAAUGAAAACAUCUUGACUUUUCUCAAAUCUUUAGGCUGAAGUUAAACACUACGUAGAUAUACUAUUAUUCAGUUUUGGGUAAAUGGGUCAAAUUAAACUUACAACUUGAAGACAGUUGACCAUGAUGUCAACUGGUCAUAAAGAUACUUUAAAAGACUGAUUUUUUAUUUCUAACUUGUAACUUAUGUCUAUAAAUUCAACUUUCAGUGAUGUAGAAAUAUGUAUUUGUUAAAGACAUAACCCAAAGAACGAUUACAACUUUUGUAAUGACAAUUUCUAGAUAUUCUCUGACGUGAGCAAUGCAGCUUUUAACUUUUGAAAGUUUUGUAUGUGUGUGUGUGUGUGUGACAUAAUGGGAUGACAUUGCACUUUCAUGUAUUAGCCUGAUGUAAAUAACUGUAAAAAGAUGUCUCAUGUACAGUGAUUUUUUUAAAGUGUGCCCUGUAUUUUUACUCCCACUGGAUUUUGUGCUUUUUUUUUUGUUUAUUUUUUUUUUUUGUAUAAAUAGUUACAUUGUUCAAACUGUAGCUUUUAUUUCUGUCACUUCAUCUGUCAUGACUUUCUGCUGCUGAUAAGCUGUUAAAACUUGCUUGUAGCACACCAAAAUACACACUGAUAUCAACAAGAAAAUGAUUUUGCAGAUUUGUGGAUAAAUUUAACUUUUAAUAACUCUUAUUAUGAUACUGGCUUAAUGUGUUACAUUCCUUUAUUGUUCCUUUAAAGAUUUUUUUUCAGUCUCACUUAAAAAUACAUUCUGACAUCUUGUAUGCUUAGAAAUCUACAGUGGUGGAUAUAAGAUGUUGUGGGUUCAUGAGCAGCAUGAGCUGAA